ACUUUUCCCAUUGCUUACCAAAUUUCAUCUUCUUUUUUUCUCUGUAUUUAUAUAUACACAUUCAUGAUUUGAACAAUACACAUAUAAACUCACUUACUAUUUUCCCUAAAGAUUUUGCAAGGGAGCACUGCUGCUUUUGUUUCUGUUUUUGGUUCUUUUUGUUGGAUUCAUUUGGAAAGGAAGCUUGAUUCUUGGUGAUUAUUCUGAAGGGAAAACAUUACAAAUUUUCUAUGCUUUAGAUGCGGCCAAAGAAAAUGUCCAUGGCUGUCAAGGAUGAGAAGAAAAUGGCUGUUGAUGUGGCAGCAUGGGCAUUCAAUAUUGUCACUUCAGUUGGGAUUAUUAUUGUUAAUAAAGCCUUAAUGGCUACAUAUGGUUUCAGCUUUGCGACAACCUUAACUGGGAUGCAUUUUGCUACGACGACAUUAAUGACCUUUUUUCUUAAAUGGCUUGGGCAUAUCCAGAAUUCCCAACUUCCGUGGUCUGAACGAUUGAAAUUUGUUUUGUUUGCAAACUUCUCCAUUGUUGGAAUGAACGUGAGUUUAAUGUGGAACUCUGUCGGAUUCUAUCAGAUUGCAAAGCUAAGUAUGAUACCAGUGUCGUGCUUUUUGGAAAUUGUACUGGAUAAUGUGCGAUACUCAAGAGACACCAAAUUAAGCAUUUUGUUAGUCCUACUAGGUGUUGCAAUCUGUACUGUUACUGAUGUAAGUGUAAAUACAAAGGGUUUUAUUGCUGCCUUCAUCGCGGUCUGGAGCACUGCCCUGCAGCAAUAUUAUGUACAUUAUCUUCAGCGUAAAUAUUCACUGGGAUCAUUCAAUCUGUUGGGGCAUACUGCACCAAUACAGGCUACAUCCCUGCUGUUACUGGGGCCCUUUUGCGACUACUGGUUGACUGAUAAGAGGGUUGAUGCAUAUAACUAUACCUCAAUAUCACUAUUUUUCAUCGUCCUAUCAUGUACUAUAGCAAUAGGGACGAAUCUCAGCCAAUUCAUCUGCAUUGGAAGAUUUACAGCAGUGACAUUUCAAGUGCUUGGUCAUAUGAAGACCAUUCUUGUCCUGAUUUUGGGAUUCCUCUUCUUUGGUAAAGAGGGGCUUAAUCUACACGUCGUCUUCGGAAUGGGCGUGGCUAUCGUUGGCAUGAUUUGGUACGGUAACGCUUCCUCACAACCCGGUGGGAAAGAGCGGAUACCACCCCCCACUAUCGUCAAACCUGAAAAACACAUGUUAUUACCAACAGAGCUCGACGAGAAAGUAUAGGGAGUCAUCUCUCCAAAAAAUCGACGCAGAGUUAUUGACAAUUUCAUACUUGCCCAUAUAGUCACAAAAGUAUUUUAGUUCAACCAUAUGAUUUUUUAUAUUUCACAGUCUAAAUCUUUUCUGUUCUUUAACAGUGAGAUUAUCUUUUGUUUUGCUUUGCUUUCCCUAAUUUUAUGUUGAAAUUCGACUGCAAAGAGUGUCAUUUGAUCAUUAUUUUUAUGAAGCAAUGUAGCUUUGAUCCCCCA